AUGCUCAAUGGCCGUCGUCGGAUAAAGCACGCGAAUCACCGCAACGGCCACGCAACCAACAAUUUCAACGUCGACGGCGUUGAGUUACGAGGCGGGGGUCUGAUGCUUUAUUAUCCGGGCCAUCUCUUCCGCCCUUGCUCGCUUGCCGGAUCACUCGUGUCGCGUAGCGGGUCCGACGCGUCCGCGUUAUUAAUCUCACCAUUGUAUUUGCCGCGGGCGUGUCGCGACAUGUGCGCGCAC